UUUCGUUAGGUGACAAUCAGACACACAGACAGACGCUGAAUCUGCGUUCCCGAUCCUCUCUCCCUCAGGGCCCGCAGGCGCAGCCCGGGCAUCGGCGCCGCCUCCUCGCGCGUCAUUCCGAGCGUGUCUCCCGCACAGCCUGGCUGCCUUGACGCUCCGCACAAACAUCGCUGAGUUCUCGCUGUUAGUCGCCCAGCCAGAUGGCCGAGCAGCGCGGCGUCAACGCGAGCAGUCCGUGGACGGAGGUGGACACCUUCAUGAACUUCCUCAUCGACAUGGACAUCGCGAUCGUGAAGGAGGAACGCGCGCCGGGCGAGGACCCGCGGCAGGCCCUGUGGGUGGUCUCCUCCAUCUCCUUCGUCGGGCUGAUCCUCUACUUCCUGUUCCUGAAGACGGUCAGCAACUCCGACAUGGACAGCGUGUUCACCAACCUGUACCGGCUGCAGGCCACGGAGGCGCUGAUCACCGUGCUCUCUAUGACGGCGUCGGUGCUGGUAACAGUCACCAGUCUCGUGGAGGGCACGCAGAAGAGCUCGGUGUGUCGCGGCCUCCUCACCACCGUCAUCGCCUCCUACCUGAGCUUCUUCUUCACGCUCAUGAUGAUCGCCUUCACGCGCUGCAUGUACGUCAUCUUCCCGCUGUACAUCCACCACCUCCACCCGGCCGUGCUGCAGACCAGCAUCGCCGUCGGCUGGGCCGUCUUCGCCAUCUUCUGCGCCGUCGUCGUCUACCAGCAGGAGAUCUGGUCGCUGUUCCUGCUGUACCUCUGCAUCGGCAUCUCCGGCACCCCGCUGCUCACGGGCAACGUCAUCACCACGCUCACCUUCCUCGUCAUCGGCAUCACCCUCCUGCUGUACGUGUUCAUCCUCGUCAUGCAGUACAAGUCCAAGGUCCCGCACCGCCGCCGAAUCAUGCAGAGGAACCGCGCCACCCUGCUGACCUGCAUGGUGCACUUCGGGGUGCAGCUGCUGGAGAUGGUGGCGCAGGGCCUGUUCAAGUUCAUCCGCUACCAGGAGGUGUCCAUCUGGAGCACCAUGUCCGUCAUCGCCUUCCAGUCGUUCGUCCGCGCCAUCCUCUCGCCCAUCAUCCUGGUCAUGCUAAUGCGGCGGGGGCGGCAGGCCAGGCAGUGAAC